UCCUAUCAUUCCUCUCUAACCCCCCACAUCUAUCCCAACCACAUCAACUCUCACCACCCCUACCUCCUCCAUCCUCCCAAUACCCCUCCAACCUCUCCUUACCCCAGUCCUACCCUUCCUCCAAACCUCCAAAUUCCCUAAUUUCUUCCAAGCUCAGAUCCCAAGACCCCAAUACUCCUACAGCCUACGGUAAUUCUGAAGCCUAGCCUCGGACAAGUUUAAAUUCAUUAAGAAAUUAUUUAUGGAUUUUGGUUUAGAAUUAUUCUGGAUUUUUAGGAGGAGUGGAGGUAUAAUAGUCUAUUUAUUUUUCAAACUUUUGAAACAAAAAUUGAAUAUGCUACAUCCCAAAGCACCCCAUCUGCUCGAACUUAGGUCUGAGUCCAAGUACAACAAUCCUUCCAAACUUUACAAACCUUCAAAACUCUCAAUCCUACCUAAAAUUUUCUGCUAUCCAGAGUGCAUCCCCCACAUUACAAAGACCACCAACCCCACCACACUUACCACCCCUUGCUCACUUCCAAAGCUACUUCCCUCCUUUCAUCACCCACAUUCGCAAUAUUGCAACUGGUCCAAUACAAAGCUGACAAUUUAGAGUCUCUUUUUGCCUGAAUAAGUUUUUGGCAGCUCAACAUCUGUCUUUUCCGGUUUAAAAUUUUACGAAGAGCGAGGAUUUAAUGAAGAAAUCUGAGUUGUAACAGAUAACAGAUAAUA